AUGGCGCCCUCUGGAUCAGGAAGAGACAAAAGAUUCAAAGAAGGGAAGACAAAAGGGAUAGACUUCAAGAAAGCGCUCUCCGGAGACUUCCAUCCACAGGCUAUAAAUGGUGGAAGAGUUUUUUUCUUAGAAUUAAACUGUGUUAAGCACAUGGGUUUAUAUCUCCUUGCACUCGAUCAAUCAGUCUCGGGUGAAUUCGCGGGCGUGGCCACAGGCGAGGGGGGCGUGGCUGGCUUCGAGAACGGCACCCUGCUGGUGAGUCGCGCCGAACGCCGUCACGAGGGCCGUUACCUGUGCGAAGCCAAUAACGAGGUCGGCGCCGGUCUCUCCAAGGUCGUUACCCUCAGCGUCAACGAACCGCCGUGGUUCGCCGUCAGGAGCCAGCGCCAACAGGUGGUCGUGGGUGCUACGGCGACGCUCACCUGCGAAGCCCAUGGCGACAUCCCGCUCAAGCUAGUGUGGACAAGGGACGGCGCCCCCCUGCCCGCGCUGCCAAGGUAUGAGUUGUCAGAGCGGGAGGUUGAUACAGGUCAGGUCACCGAGCUGGUGCUGAGGUCAACUCACGUAGGAGAUUCCGGAACAUACGUUUGUACUGCUACCAACACACAUGGUUCUCUCACUGCCGAUUUCCAUCUCCUCGUGCAAGAUGUCCCAGGGCCCCCGUCAGGAGUGGGCGUGGAAGAAGAAGGAUCUCGUCACCUGACCCUCACCUGGACGCCCCCUGAGGACUCCAAUGCACCCAUAUCCGCCUACAUCGUCACCUUCACGUCCCACGAUAGCCAGCCCUCGCAAGAGGGCUUGUUCGGUGCCCCCCGCGAAGUGACCGUAGAAGGCGACCAGAGACGCGUCCGAAUCGAAGGUCUCCUGCCCGCUACGAUGUACGUGUUCACGGUUGUGGCGGAGAACCGAGUUGGACGGAGCCAGCAGUCUUCGCCACUCAGGGUCAAGACGCAGGAAGAGGCCCCGUCAGGUCACCCGCAGAAUGUCAGGGUGGUACCAGUGUCAUCGACGGCGCUGCAAGUUAGCUGGGAACCGCCUCAUGAGAACCUUACCCAUGGCACUGUGCUUGGCUACUACUUGGGCUACAAGGAUGACAGUGAGUCCGAGGGCGGAGCAUACAACUUCACCACCGUGGGCGUAGACAGCGUGGGCGUAACCACAGCCACGUUAGCGGGUCUUCGUCCUCACGCCCGCUAUUCCGUCGUGCUCCAGGCUUUCAACUCUCGGGGUGCGGGUCCGGCCUCGCCCCCCGCACUGGGCACCACGCUCGAGGACAAACCUGGAGCACCACCUGGUCACGUGACCUGUGAAACGGUGACGUCAUCAAGCGUGGUGGUGACGUGGUCGCCUCCUCCGCCUCGCCAAGCCAACGGCAUAAUCACUAACUACAGAGUCACUUACACGCAGAUGUUUUCUCAUGAAGACGGUCGGACCGGCAGUGUAGUUUCCGAGGGCCUGCGAGCCACACUGACUGGUCUAAAACCCUGGACCAACUACAGCGUCAGUGUAGCUGCAUCUACGAGGGCGGGUGAGGGCGUGCCGUCCCUUGCCCUCUUCUGCACUACAGAGCAGGAUGUGCCUGAGGCUCCAGCCCGCGUGAAAGCCGUGGUGUCAGGCCCUCGCGCCGCCGUGGUGUCGUGGGCGCCGCCCUUACGCCCGCGAGGCCGCAUCACGCGCUACACUGUGCACUGGGCGUCGGCAGGGAGUCGGAGCAUGCCCCACACCCGCCGCGUCGGGCCCCACGUCACUCACUUGACCUUGCAUGACCUUCCUCAUACUACACAUGAGGUAUGGGUCACAGCUUCGACGAGGAUGGGUGAAGGACCGAAAAGUAGUGUUACGGUAGUUACUCCUUCUCAUACAGUGGGCGCGGGCAUAUGGGCGGUGGGCGGGAACCUGACGGCGGCGUGGAAAGAGGACGUGAGCUUGCCCUGCGGAGCCGUGGGCGUCCCUGAGCCCGUGCUUACCUGGAGUCACGAGACACUCCACAUUCCUGACUCGCACUCCAGGUUCACGGUGCAGCCCGACGGCACCCUCACCCUCACCGACAUCCAGCGGAGCGACAGCGGCCAGUACACGUGCACCGCCUCGAACCACCACGGCGUCGACUCCGUUACUUAUAACCUCACCGUCCUUGUGCCUCCGUCAGCGCCUUCCCUCCACGUGACCGAGACGACGGCCUCCUCCAUCCGGGUGCAGUGGAGUGUGGAGGACACGGGCGGCGCUUCCCUCCAGGGCGCCACGCUGCACUACAGAUCCGCCGGUGGAGAGUGGAUGACGGCGGAAGUGGAAGGAUCCCACCGCGCCUACACCGCCAAGGGCCUCCGCUGUGGCACCCUCCACCACUUCUAUCUCACGGCGCAUAAUCAUAUUGGUAAGCUUGUGGUGCGAAUAGUGACCGGUACCAGCACAGCGUCGUCGACCGUGGAAGCGCGCACGAAGGGGCGUCCCCCCGAGGCUCCCCCCCAGUUCCAGUUCGUGACGAGCAACAGUUCCCAAGCCACGCUGUACUUGGCCCAGUGGAGCGACGGAGGCUGCCCCAUCUCACACUACUCCGUGCAGUACCGUCUGGCUGGCAUGGCGCACUGGACCACGGUGGGCAGCGAGAUCCCCCCGAGCCGGACGUACGCGGUGGGCGGGCUGGACGCGGGCGAGCGGUACGAGCUGCGAGUCACUGCCUUCAACUCCGCGGGCGCCGCCCCCGCCCACUACAAGGUCAUCACGCCGGGCCGCGGAGGCACAGGCAUGGGCGUGAGCGCAGGGGGAGGAGUGUGGGGGGGAGCCGCCCCCGCCUCCCCCGUGUGGCGCGACCCCCGAGUGCUGGUUCCCGCCGCCGUGUCCGCCCUGGCGCUGCUGCUCACCGUCACCACCGUCUGCGUCUGCCUCAGGAGACGUCCUACCAAUACCCCGCGCCAGAAGGAGGUUCCUGAAGGCGUCACUUCGUCAGGAGAGGAGAAGACGGCCAUGCAGGCGAGGGAGGACGUGUACACCACCGUCAGGAGGCCGCCCCCCGCCCCCCCGCAGUCCACGCCCGAACUCAGGGACCAUAACGAGGUCACCUUGAGUGCCCCCGCCUGGCCUCCAAGUAACCCCUAUAACCACUACACAGGCGAGUACAGUGAGGAAGACAUCUACCCGUACGCCACAGCCACGUUCCAGCUGGGCGGAGGCAGCCCCCCGCCGCCCGCGCCGCCCUCGCCGCCCUCGCACUCGCGCCCGCACUCCCGGGGACAGAACGGCUUCACGGCCCUGGUCUACCAAGCGCCGUCGCUGCAUGACGUGGACUCGCCCAACUUAGUAAGUCGGUCGUUGACGCCCCUGUCCCUCUCUUUUGCAGAGAAAAGAGUACGGAUGGGCGCCCACGCCAUUAAGCGGGUGGCCACGGCGCUCAUCACGGAUUCGCUCGGGGCUGAGCCCUCGGCGGAGCCCGGUCCCCCCGAGGGACGCAGCCACGAGGCCUCGGAGCGUGCCAGCCCCGGGGACAGCCAGGUAUUCACUGCCGAGCAUCCGAGCGGAGAGCGUGCUGGGGAAAGCUCUUACUCAGCCUCCAUGGCGGGAAAUCUCUCUCGAAGAUCACCAGAGUGGCCAGGGCUCAAUCGCCGUCUCUGA